AUGUUUGAGGAGAUAGAAAAAGCUGAUAAAAAACAUAAGGAAAGAAAAGAGACAGUAGCCGAGAAAAGCAGACUGCUCCGCAGCACUGAGACCCUAGAUGAGAUUGGACAUGAAGUCUGUGAGGCUCCCAUGCUGACCGUGUGUGUGGUUAAUUCCAGCAGCAGUCCUGACGCUGCCUCGUGCCCUGUAGACUGCCUUCUCACGGCGGUCCAGCGUGGCCUUCGAGCCAUCCUUUACGGUGCUGCUGUUGGGCUUUCUCUGAAGUGCCAACCUGAUGGCUCCGUCUUCUGCGGGCAGCUGCCCAAAGCCAUUCGCUGCGCACGGGACCCCUGCCAGGCUGCCCGGCACGUGGCCCCCACGUGUCUCUGCUCGCUGGCUCUGGCCGCUUCUGAGCCGUGUGUGGUGGGCUCCGGCCACUCACUUGUUUUUCUGAGCAGGAUGAGGUCUUUCGUACCCACAGCCUUUUCUUCACACUCUUUCUCCGUUGUGAACAGCUCUUCCUUGCCAUUUCUUUUGGAAAUAGACAAGAAACCCACGCACAAAACUGAAGCAGCCAACAACAAAACUUCGAAUAUUCAGAUUUAG